UGAUGUCUGAACCCGACAUGCUGUCAGAUCCACCUGAAGGUGGAGUUCCAGGUGGUUGUAAGUCACCUGGUGUGGGUUCUGGAAAAUGAACUGCAGUCCACUGGAAGAGCAACAUUUGCUCUUAGCUGCUGAGUCAUCUCUCCAGUCCUUAACCCAGCAUGGCAAGAGAAUCUCUGCCCGAACUGCCAUCCUCAUACUCACGAAUUGCCUACCAAGCAGGAAGGUAAAACCAGGGAGAUUUUCAUCCCUUCGUCCCGGAAAGGAGUACACUGGGUGGUCUGCCUUGAUAAAUGAAGUCAGGAAGAUAAGACGAGUCCGCUUUGAUGUGCUGUAUCCAGGAGGGUUCAACAAGAACGAGAAGGAAGACAAAUAGAAUUGAGGAAGUAGAGAUGACACUUCCCCUUCUUUUGAAAUAGCCUUAUUUUUCUGGUUAGUUUCUUCUGAUGGUAGUCUUGUGUGUGCUGAGCCUCCAGGGCUGCGGAUACUUUUGAGUGGAAUUUUCAGUCUUGGCCUUAGACUAUUAUGAGCUUCUUGAGUUCAAGGAUCAGGGGGCAGCUCUUGGAUCGCCUCCCUUUAUAUUGCAGAUCAUCAUCAUCAUCAUCAGACCUGGACUGAGACGCUUGCUUCACACAUUUUGCUUUUGUUUCUGGCAGUCUGAAUCCAGUUAUGGCCACGGAAGGCAAUCAGGUUCCCUUGCGUCAGAAGCCGAGGAAGAAAACUCAAGGUUUUUUCACCAUGAGUCGGAGAAGGAUAUCGUGUAAAGACCUGGGCCACGCGGACUGCCAGGGUUGGCUGUACAAGAAAAAGGAAAAGGGAACUUUCCUAAGCAACAAAUGGAAAAAGUUCUGGGUGGUGCUGAAGGGGUCGUCGCUGUACUGGUAUAGCAACCAAAUGGCAGAGAAAGCUGAUGGAUUUGUCAACCUGCCAGAUUUCACAGUGGAAAGAGCCUCUGAAUGCAAGAAAAAACAUGCGUUUAAGAUCAACCACCCAGAGAUCAAAGCCUUCUACUUUGCAGCAGAGAAUUUACAGGAAAUGAACAUGUGGUUAAGCAAACUUGGAUUUGCAGUAAUCCACCAGGAGUCCACUACAAAGGAUGAAGAAUGUUACAGUGAGAGUGAGCAGGAAGAUCCUGAAAUAGCCUCGGAGACGCCACCCCCUCCGUAUGCUUCCGCAACUUCCUCUCCUGUGGUACGUGUAGAUGUUGCGCGGCGGGCGUCGUCUUCUUCACCUAAACUGAGAGAAUCCUCGUGCUCUUUCUCUUCUCUGGAGACUGCAGCAAAGGCACCCAGCCGGGUUUCUUCCUCGGGAUCUAAAGAAAGACAGUCCUGGCUCGACAUAGUCAACAACGCACCUGCUGCUGAAGAUGUGGGGCAUCCCCUGACACUUACUGUACAGGUUCACACACCUUCAGAGGCAAGCAAUUGCCCGGCCCCAGACAACAGCUCCGUCACUUCUGAAAGUGGUUUUUUGAACUCUUUAUCUAGCGAUGACACUUCUUCCUUGAGCAACAAUCCAAACCAUCUGACAGUUCCAGACAGAGCUGCCGGCUCAAGGAUUGUGGAUAGAGAAGAAACAAAAGUAUCUGAAGAUGAUGAGAUGGAGAAACUCUAUAAAUCGUUGGAGCAAGCUAGCCUGUCUCCUCUCGGGGACCGACGGCCUUCAACCAAGAAGGAACUGAGAAAGUCUUUUGUCAAGCGGUGCAAAAACCCAUCUGUAAAUGAGAAACUCCACAAGAUCAGAACCUUGAAUAGCACAUUAAAGUGCAAAGAACAUGACCUGGCCAUGAUCAACCAACUGCUGGAUGAUCCGAAGCUGACAGCCAGGAAAUACCGGGAGUGGAAGGUCAUGAACACCCUGCUGCUCCAGGACAUCUAUCACCAGCAGCAGGCACCUCAGGACCCUGAGGACACCCCCCAGGAACUCAAGAACCCCAGCUCUUCUAACUGUGUUGAAAAGUCACUUUGAGCAGAAGCCAGGACUGCUCCCUUCCUUGUUCCUGUGCCAUUCUACAAGACACUGCCAGGGCAUACAUUUUGCUUACAAGGAAACCCCAAACCCAGUUCCUGAGGCAUCCUCCCUCCUUCCUGAGGAUGCGACCAGGGUGAAGCCAGUUUUGAUGCAGUGGGAGUCCUGGCUUCCGUGUGUUGCAUCUAUCGAUAUUGGAGUUAUGGAGUUCAUCCGAGCAGGUGUAUCUUCUGUGCUCCUACUGGGAGCUGCUAGGAGUGCUAGGCUCUAGAGGGGAUGUGGAAGGGGUAACCCCUCUUUUGCUUUCAAGAGAAUUGCAACCUACCAUAGACAAGAGACCUGAUUUUACUAGAGAUAACAACUCAUAGGAACAUUCCGUUUUACAAAGAAACAUGGAGGACCCCCUUUGGUGGGCAGCAGAGUUUGAAUGGAGAGGUUUCUUCCACAGUAGCUGCUGGAACUGGACAUGUGUUGGCAUUUGUGGAAUCCAAGGCUCUUCCUGCCUUUGGUACAGAGAGCAGUGCCUUGUCGAUUUGUUGAGUGCUUAUUUGAAGAGUAUGGCCUGGUGAGGUGGAGAGUGGGGAGCCCACUGAGGAGGCAAACUUUCUGUUCCACUCAGAGGACAAUUUCAUAUGUUCAUGCUGUGUCUAGGGUGUGUGUGGGGAUCUGAUUAAGGUGUCCCUUCCUCCCAAAGUCUAGGAGACAGACUAUCACAAGUUAUUUGGAGACCUUUGUCCCCCACUCCCAGCUUCUCGGAAUAGUGGUAGGAGAUUGUAAUACCCAUUGCCAGGAAUGUCAUACUGUGUUCAUCCCAGGCUGUGGUUUAAAUUUAUAUUCAGCUUUCCUGGGAUCCAAACUUGCAAAAUUAUUUCUGAAUUGUCCUGAACUUGGAAAAGAACCUAGACCCACAAAACAACAACAAGACAGUUAAGCAGGAUCGCUUUAUUUUUGUAAGUUUAUGUGUCAUAUAGUGUGAGAUGUGAAUAGCUAUCUAUGUUUCCUAUUUAAAUAUAUUUAUAGAAGUGCAAGUCAUAGUGUUUUAAAAGACUACUAUUAUGUGUUGUUCUAUAUAUAUAUAUUCUAGAGGUAUAUCAUUUUUGCUUGAGAAAAAUAGGCAUACUAGUGACUUAUUGAAGCUGUGUUGCACUAUGAUUUGUGAGGAAUGCUCAGGAAAUCUCAUGAGAAAACUAUGGGAGCAUGUAUUGAUAUUCAUUUCUUAAUAAUGAAUAUCUUUUUCUGAAUGCUUUCUUUCUAUUACUGUCCCCCAGCCAGUUCCAGAGCUCUUAAAUUUCAGUGUUUCUUGCACAUCAUUUUUUUUAACUUGCACCUUAGACUAGCUCAUCUACUCAUAAAAUUUAAGGUUUAUGACAUUUAUACCAUACAUUGUAGACCCAAAGGAACAUAUCUCAUGAAAUCUCGAACCAAAUGAAAUAAAAACAAUACAAUUCCCAACUAAAUAUUAAUAGAAAUUAAGGUUUGUUAAAGAAAUCUCAUAGAGAAACAAUAUAUUAGUCACAGUGACAUCUUCUCAUCAUAAAAAUAACCAUUAUUUGAGUACAGAUAUAAAAUAAAUAAAUAAAUUACAAAAUGUAACCACAAUUCACUAAGAACCCAUCUAAAUCUCACCUGCCCUUUGCAAAUUGUUGACAAACAUAUUCCUAUCAUAGCAUCAAAUGUGGCUUGACAGAUUUAAAUAGAAGUAAUCACCCAAUCUAUAUCUACAAAUUAAAUGUAAAGAAUCUAGACCCCCUUCCCCGCAUCCUACUACCCCAUGGGCUCACUGUCAUCACAGGAUGACUGUGAAGUAUGGGUUGAGUGAAAUGCCUUUCUCAAAGCCUCAAGUGGUACAGCCAGACUCUGAGGUUGAAUUCUGGCUCUGUCAGCCUUCACUGUUGAGGAAAUUAUUGUCAGAGCACAAUCUGCUGGGGAACACGAGGUCUGAGGAGCUCCUGUGUCCAUCACACCAGGCCAGGCACAUCUGGCUGUCAUGGCAAGGGCUUUUUCCGAAUCCCCAGGGGCUCUGUUGUGAGCACUCCCUCCCGAAAGGUCCUGUCGCCUUGCCCCUGGGUUCUCCAAGGAUUGGAGAUGACCUGACUGUUGUGUUUUUUUUUUUCCCCCCCAUCGACACUAGGUUACUACUGUGAGAACUUUAGAGCUGGAGGAGAGAGGAAUCUUUAAAGAGAUAGAAAGGGCUUAUUUUUUAUUUUUAUUUUUUUUCCUUUUGAGCCCAAUUAUGUCAGCUAUCAAAGAGUUAGUGUUUAGGAGUGUGUCCUCUGUUCUCAGUUCUUACUUUCUUCUCAGCUCUUGUAUUAUAGUGACGCUCAUUUCCUCAGGGAGACUUCAGAUCAUAUUGUCAUAGAGAUGAAACAAAUUAAAAGAAAAAUAUUUUUAAGUCUUUUGAGGAGAGGCACUCUACCAGUGAAAGCCAUAGUUAAUUUUAUGGACGCAGACUUCUUUGUAAAAAGAGAAAGACAAUAUUUUGAUAUAGCAAUAUUAAUAAUUUAGGUACAGAGGGUAGCAGUCCAAAUGUCUCAUUAUAUUGAAGAGCCACUGUGUCCAAAUGCAUUUUAGAAUGUAUUUCUGUUCCCGGCAAACAGAAUGGGAUAUACAAAGGAGAUUUCCAAUUUACUUCCCCUCAAACACUUCUGUAUACUCAUCCACAAGAGAAUUCAGUCCUAGAAGUAUGGACUGGCUGCCUGCCGAAGGUUUUGUGACACAUAACAGUAAAAGUCCCUUAUACUAGAUUUUUUUUUUUUUUAGUCUCUGUGAAAUGGGUGGGGGAGGGAAUUCACAGAAAGCCCGGUGUCUCAGUCACACCAGGUCAUGUGGUAGAGCACAUUAAAAUGGAUUUUGCAUUUAAAAAAGCAAGUUUUCCAUAUCCCCUGUUGUAAAGACACGUAAUUGCUCCGUGCUGUUGUCUCUUAGCUUUAGUCCAAAGGGAAGCAUGCCCCAUGGAGACAUUUAACAUCCUGUAAUAAAAACCAUGGUUGAGGUUACCACAUGUUCUGAUGUUUGCAUGGUGGGGCUGGGGUUCAACAGUGCAUGGUUCUGGGGCCAGAUGUUGGUGUGGGGUUGAUAUCUUAGCUGUCGUUGUGCUUUUGGUCCUUGUCGCCAAUCUGUUUUGACUAAACUGAAAACACAGGCAUGCCUCAUUUCUCCUGUCCCCGGCUCUCCGGGAUAACUUGUAAGAUAACAAUAAAAGCAAGCCGUCUAGUAAAAUGGUCUGGAUCAAGACAAUCAA